GCAAACGAGGUCUUCGCUGGGGAUUGCCAACCACUCCGUCCUUAGACUCCGAUCAUCCAGUUCUUCCGAUCCGAUCAGAGAGAGGAAACCUCGCCCGAUGGAGUGCGGCAGGGGCACGCCGAUCCUGGAGCUCGACGACGCCAACGGCAACGUCUACCGCUGCAAGCACUGCCGCACACACCUAGCUCUCACCGACGACAUCAUCUCCAAGGAUUUCUACUGCAAGAACGGGAAGGCUUACCUCUUCGAUAAGGUUGUCAAUGUGACUGUUGGAGAAAAGGAAGAUCGUAUGCUGAUGACAGGGAUGCAUACCAUUUCUGACAUCUUUUGUGUCCGCUGCGGAGUGACUCUUGGAUGGAAAUAUGACGCUGCGGCUGAGAGGACCCAGAAAUACAAGGAAGGGAAAUUUAUUCUGGACAGGGAUCAGCUGCUGGGGCCUGAAUGAAGCUACUACCAGGUUGCACAAGAUUCUCAAUAGUAAUAUGGAUUGAAUAAUACAAGCAUGGUGUAUGUAUGAACCACUGCAAUUCGGCAACCUCAGCUUGUGUAACACUGUAAAUAUAACAUGCUCCCGUGCUGUGCUGUGCUUGGGAACAAUGGUGUUGUGCCUUCAACCUUCACACACUUUUUCUCUUUUGGUAUGCGCGUGUGUAGUUGUGUCAUGCUGUAUGGCGGCCGUGACGUGUAUGCGUUUGUGUUUCUGUUGUCAUGCUGUGGAAUGUUGUUUUGCCAACAUGUUUCGAUGAGAAGCGUGUAAUACCAUGUUCCUUUUUAUGAAAGGUCGCAAAGGGAUUCUCUCCCAA